GAUCCGAUCCGCUUUUCCCUUCCAAGCUGCUUCUUUUCUUCAUCCAACCCUCCGCCUCUUCGCCUGGCUUGCCGUCAACCCUUCGCAUAUCGCCUGUCUUUCUUUGUUGUGAUUGCUAUCUCUUGGGUGUUCAAUCCUUAUCAAUCUUCGGUCUUCAACGCGCCUCCUAGACUUAGCCCCUCCCGUCAUCUCUGCUAUCAUGGCCGCCGGCCAACAAGCCGUUUCUUUCAACGAAAUCAUCCAAGCUGGUCGCCAGAAGAAACGGAACGAAGAGCUCGCCAGUCGACUCCUAGGGAAGAACCGACGCGCCAGCGCCCCGGGCUCGGGGGCGGGCAAGAAAGCGCAAAAUGCGACACCCGGCAGUUUGGCCAGUCGGAUCGGUGUAGCCAAGCGCCCUGCCUCCGCAGUUUCGAAACCCAAGAAGCACACCCCGACCGCGUCGGCCCCCGUACCCAGCGCAUCGUCGAAUCGCAGACCCAACAAUAAGCGCCGUCCGGACGAAAACCGUCUCUUCUCCGCCUUGAACUCCGCGAAUGGACAGGCUUCCGUUCAUGGUCAAUCGACCGGACUCUCCAUCAAGGGUGCCGGUUCUGGGCCUUUCGUCGUCGUCGGGAGCAAUUUCGCGCCGGGUACCACAGCCGCGGAUAUCCAGGCGGCCAUCGAGCCCAUAUCCGGACAGAUUCUCAACUGCUGGGUGACGUCGCAGCACCCGACGGUCACCGCCGAAAUUGCGUUUGAGGAGAAAUCGGCGGCGGAGAACGCCAUCGCCAACUUCCACAACAAGAAGGCGGAUGGAAGGGUCAUUUCGUUGCGUUUUCGAUCAGCCGCCGCAGGCGGUGCACCCAGCCAACCUCGGGAAUUUCGAUCUUCGGCCCAAAACUCGUUCAACGACCUCCGUGAACAGGCCGACCGAGACCGCCGCUUGCAUCGGGCGACAGACCCCGCCGUUCAGAAUGGCAGCUACGGGUUCAACGAUCAGAACGGCCUCGUUGGCGCCAACCGCGGCGGACGGAAUCCCAGAGGCAAUCGCUCCGCCGGGCGGGGUGGCCGAAAUGCCGUCCAGACUAACAAUGACCGGGGGCUCUACAGUGACGAGAUGAUGGUCGAUACGCCAUCGUAUCCGUCGAGAGGUCGGGGCAGGCAACGAUAGGAGAAGUGCAUUGGGACUCGGUCUUAGGUAUCGGAAGCCAUGCGCUAUCUGACUAUGAGGUCUUAUAUCCGGUUGGCUCCGCGGUGGACACGUUUCUGGCUUGAUGUAGCCGUACCUUGAGUAUCACGACAUGUAUGUACCGAUAUGGGGCGAUCUGCGGCGUUUACCAUCACACGUGGACCCCCCACAGCACCACCCACUUCGUUUUCAUGUAUCCUGCAGGCUGGUGGGUGUCUCAUUCUUUCUCUAAGAAUCUUGGCUACACCUCAUGCUCGAAGGUCAAACUUGGCUAUGAAGGCCAUGGUUUCGGUGUGGGAAGGAACUACAAGGCUACUGGGGCGGGUGUGCUGUGGGAGACAAUAUGGCUGGGAUGAGGUUGAGCGCUGGAACAGGCCCAGGAACGGGUGUCA